AAGAGUAGACCACAAGAAUGUUAUGCGCAUGAAAGUAAGUACUCGAAUGAUUCCUCCGCAGAUGCAAACUUUUCUUAAUUACCCCAGCUCACCUCACGCUUCCCCAACCAACGACACUUCACCGUCUUCUCAUCACAUUAAGUACCAAUAUGGCGGUUCAUCGUCUUCAUGCGUCUUCAAGGAAAGCAGCGGAGAUCAAAGGAUGGCGGAAAAGACAAGGACGAUAUCCCAACCGAAAAGGCACCAGGACUCUUCGACGUUCCUUGAGCUGCAGGGGCACCAAACAAGCACUAGACAAGCUACACUCUCCGCAAGAACCCGACGAGCGUCAACGUCCUUCUUCGUCUACGCCGACAGUGCGCAGUGUAAUUUCUGUUGUCGACCUACACUCUAUAGUUGCAGACGGAAAUUCCACAAGCGCUUCAAGGACAGCAGCCCGUGUGCCGAUGUUAGCUGCAAGGACCCAAAAUAUGGCUGUGGGUGGGUGCCAGAUUUGCAGAACGUUAGUCCCAUACAAGAAGAUUCCAUAGAAAAUAACGACCGCUUGCUAGGACCAGACCCGAACAUGCGUCCAGGCGAUCCUGGUCCGAAUGAGAAAGCGAAGUGCUACAGCUGUGCGGACUUGACUUAUGGCAAGAAACUUUACACUUCUUAAAAAGUAUGACCACAUAGCAGCAAGUAACAUCAAAGCAAAGUCUCAAGUUGUACUUCUUGCUCUUGGUUUGAACUUCCAGUCCACCUACAGUUGUACUACUUCUUGGUUUAUUGAACUUCUAGUACGUCAGCAACGAAGCAAGAGUCUCAUGCGCAGGAGCUUCAAUCUCUUCACCUCCUGCUAAUCUGUCAAACUACAUCCAGCAGACCGCUUAGUCGGGUGUGUACCCUAUGCGAAUGAGGAAGAGCAUUUUCAGAUCUUGAGGAGUGAUGGCCUUAGUCGACAUCCGUUGAGGAAGCAUAGGCCGAGGAAUAAAGAAAUGCGUUGGAAAUAUCCUAUGGGUACAAGUAGAUUGAGAUUUUUGCUUCUUCCGAUGUUGGUUUGUGCUUCGUCGAACGUUGUUAUGGUAUUAAAAUAGUAGCAUCAUAUUUGUAGGUGUCAUGCAAUACCGACACGGCUGUUGUGCAUCAUCUCACUCUCAUCCAGCUCCGUUUUUUUUGAAACUCAACUAUGACAUCAAGUCUCGCUUCAUCUUAGACAUCAGCCACCAUGCACUUACGACUAUUCGAAAACUCAAAAUAACCGAGUUACUGACUGAAAUAAGGGAGGCACUAGCUUAUAACGUCAAGGCUACUCUUCCUUCUCGUCAGUAUCUCGCUUAUUCUGAUCAGUUGCUUGCUUAAAUUUCAGUUUUUUGAAUACCCAUGUCGUCCAAGAACAUGUCAUCCAAAAAGAUACUAUCACCAUCCCAAGGUCUCUUCAGUGGUCCCGACCUCGGUUUUCCAAAAACAUACUAUCACCAUCCCGAGGUCUCUUCAGUGGUCCCGACCUCGGUUUUCCUACCCCAGCCAAUUGGCUGCAGCAAUAUCGCCAGUCCAUGCCUUGGUUGAACGACUUUCUUAGACAAGAUUUCCAAAACGGUGCGGGGGAUAAAGUCGAUAUGACCUCGGCUAGUACGGUGGAAGCAUCGAGGCACUCGUUGGAGACGCCGAUACAAAGCCUCGAGUCCAUGGGUAUGCCAGACGGGAUGUUUCCGUAUAAAGCAGACGACUUUCGACUUGCGACAGCUCCGCGUGCAGGUGGUAGGGGUGACAUCGGCACAUUGCUGGGCCAGUACUACAUGGCGGAAUGAGUUGGACUUUGAUACUAUUUUUUGUCAGAGACAGAAAGGCAGGAGAUCAGAAAACAGUUUGGCGCUCUUUGGAUGGCGCCGCUUG